AUGCAAAGUAUACAAGCCGAGUUGACAGGCUUUCAAUUGUUCUCCUCCUGUGUGUUUCACCGAGCUGGGCAAUUGUUUGCUUACGUCUUUUCUUCCCCGGCCGAAUAUGAUCUGUUUGGAGCUUGUUUUGUGGAAAUUGACGAUCUGAUCUCGGAGGAGAUUAUCAUGGGUACAAUCGAUUUCAAUGAGUUGAAACGAGUCCGUGAAUCCAUUCCAAUUGGCCGUCAGCGUCGUGUGGACGUUUAUUCCCUGCCCAAAUUGGUCAAUCGAUCCAAUCACAAUUGGCCGGGAUCCCCAUGA